AUGUCAGACGCCCUUGACGGCGCUGACCGCGACGCCAGCUCGACGAGUGAUCGUCCCGCGGCUUCUUCCCUGGAUACCGUGCUCGAACUCGAGCGUUUCGUCGAUGUCGACGACGACCGCGCGGUGUUGGCAGACGAUUAUUCCAACGACGUCCCCGGGUCUUCCGAGCUCGAUUUGACGUCUAAAUACUGCCGAGACUGCCACGUCGCGAGUCAACGGUUGUAUCACGUCGCUGCACUGUCGCGCGUGUGCGAACGGACGCUAGAAGACGACGUUGGGGCGUUCCCAAUCGAUUUAAUCGCAGAGCUGGCCGAGGAUGAUGACGACGAUGUGCGCCGAAGCGUGGCCGAGCAACUCGACCGAUUCGCAGCGUGUGUGGGGAGGUUGAGCGAAAGAUUAGAUCAUGUAUGCGCGAUUAAACUGCUCGGAGUGACUUUUAUGUUGAUAGAGGAUGAUCGCGAGGAGGUUGUCAGCGCCGCAGAACAAACGUGCGGCGCAGUGGCUUCGUUGCUGUCACCCGAGAAGCAACGCAGUUUGUUGCUUCCAACGUUGAAAUCGUUCUCGGAGAGCGAUGAAGAAGAAAUUAGAAUGAGUGCGGCGAAGGUGCUGGGGAGAUUAGCAGCUGUUGUCGGCGUAGAGAUGACGAAAAGUGAUUUGCUGCCGAGUCUGUUAAAUUUGGCGAGUGACGCAGAAUAUAGAGUUAGAGAAGCCGUCGCCUCCGCGCUGAGCGACACAUUUGAGAUUUUAGAUGCUAACGACACGUUGGAAUCGACUUUGCCGACGUUUGCGCGCUUGUCCAGGGACAGUGUAUGGGCAGUCCGAGCCACAUGCGCGAAGCACGUCGUGCAACUCGUCAGAGCGGUGCCGACGGACAGAAUGCUCGACGUUGCUUCGGAGACUUUCGAGCCUUUGGCCAAUGACGUCAGCUUCAAAGUGCGUACAGCAGCGUUGGAGCAGCUCGGGCAACUUAUUUUCGCGUUGAGCUCUGUUGAGGUGCCGACUAUCUUUGUGGACUACUUCACGAGCAUGGCGGAGAGUUCGACAAGCAGCAGCGCGCUACAAGAAACUUGCGCAUACAACCUACCAGGCGUGGUGCUCUCGUUGACAUCAGCGAGAUGGACAGAAUUACGCCCGGCGUUUCGAUUGUUAGCCGCAAGCUUGAAUUGGAGAGUCCGUCGAACGUUGGGUUGUUCGCUUCACGAGAUAGCGACCAUCAUCGGUCGAGACAACGCAGAGAAAGAUUUACUACCAGUGUUGGAGAGUUUUCUAGAAGACACUGACGAAGUCAAGAUCGGUGUGAUUGAACAUUUGAGUGAAAUCUUCGCCGUCAUCGGUUCGGCGUCUCGGCUUUCGCUGAUCCGACUUUUGUCGACCUUUGAGUCGGAGGAUGCCGAAAAGAUCGGGAAUUGGAGGAUUCGUUUUGCGUUGGCCAAACAGAUUCUCCCCGUGGCCGAAUUGUUGUCUGGUGCGGCUACUGCUGAGUUUAUCGUGCCAAUCUUGCUCGCGUAUUUAGAUGACACCGCGGCCGUUGUGCGCGAGAAAACCGUCGAGAUCGCUGGCAGAGUUCUCUUCAACGCGGCGAGGGAAUUGUCGUGGUACUCGGAAACCAUCGUGAACGCGAUGUCUUCCAUUAAACUACUCGCCACGAGUCACAGAUGGUCCGACCGCAGAGCAUACAUCAACAUUUGCCUCGCGCUCGCGAGAGAAGUCGAGCAACGAUUCGUGGUAGAUGAAUUGUUACCGCUGUUGGUCAUGCUCGCCGAGGAUUCCGUCGCGGCGGUUCGAGUGGCUCUGAGUCACUUCUUAACCGAAGUUCUUCGACUCGAUCCCACAUACAUUUCUCUGCCGGAUAUCAGCGCGGCGAUCAUCAUACUGAAGGCUGAUAGCGACCCCACGGUAGUCGCUGCGGCGCAAAGCAUGAAGGCCGAAGCCGAGGCGAAGGUGAAGGACGACGCUGCGUUCACGUCCGCGCGAGACGUGCGUUUUUCCCCGACAGGCUUGUGA